AUGCAUCCACAAUAUGAGUGGUUCAAAUCUGAAACUGAGUUGUCUGUGAAUAAAAUCACCGGGAAAGGACCAGUCUUCUCCGUGUCACGCUCUAUAAUUUCUAGACUUAUGUCAGUCACGAAAAAAAUCCAUCAGUUUAUCCAUCCUACAUUACUCAAGUGUAUAUACACAAAGGAAGGGCAGUCUUUCCGUAAAAGGCUAGGUUGA